AUCACUCAGAACGGAGUAAAAAGAGGUUUCAGCGUUACCAGACACAAGCUGUUUGAUAAAAAACGAAAAAGAAAAAAACCAGAGGUGGUUCUAGCCCUACAACUACAAUGGCUGACACGCAAAUCAUUCCCCCGCAGCAUGACCUCGAUGCCAAAUGGGACGCCUGCCUUGAUCUCACCGUCCGCCGCUUCGUCUACUCCUCAUCUGCCGGUGCUUUUGCCGGUCUCUUAUUUUUCAGGAGUCCUGUAACUCGAUGGGCAUCUAUUGCUUUUGGUGCUGGAGUUGGAAUUGGAUCUGCAUAUGCAGAAUGUUCUCGUCUAUUUGAUGGACCUCCAACAAAAUUACCCCUACCUAAGGUCUCCAAAACUGUUGCUCAGGGCUCCGAGUAGAUGCCACAACGCGAAGAAAUCAGAAUUUUCUUGUGAUCGUUGAUGGUUCCUUAUAGCAUUAUUGCUCCUCCAAAUUAUGCACUACAUGUUUCAUAAAUGAACAAACAUCUCGUAUAUUUUAUUCCCUAGUUUUUACAAACAUUUGUUCUCGUGUAAUCUGAGCACUGUUUAUGUGGCGACGAAUUGAAAAAGCAAAGGAAGUUUUCUUCAGAUUUA